AUGACGAGCUCAUCAUUCGGCGGAUCACAGGCUGCCACACCCACUAACAAGAGCAACAGAUCCUGUUCUGUAGCAGUCGAGAAUGGUGAUGCUGAGGACGCUCACAGUUUCCAAGUCCCCCUUGGUAACGAAACCAAGCCGCGCAGUAUUGAAUCCAAGGAAGGGUCUCCCCGAGGUGGCUCAUCUCGUUUACACAAAAACUGGAACCCUGAAUUUCGUAAGGUGAUCCAACCUGGUAUUCUCGAGGUUAAAGUAUACGUCACCUUCACGCAUGGAUAUCCCGAAAUUAUGGCACCGAUCGAGAUGCAGAUGCGGACAGAUGACGACUACUUGUCGGCGCUUGCAAAUCUAAUUGAUGCUCGUGCUAGCUUCUUUCGCACUGAUAUCAAGGAUGUGGCUUGUAAGAAUACUCCAGACUACUUCCGGCUUGGCCGCGACUGUGACACAAUCCUUGACCGGCUUCUCGCUAAUCAUUCAUACCAUUUUCCUCAAUCGUUUGAUGCGCAGGGUCUUCCUUCACCAAACCGACAGAAGCCAUAUCAAGGGCAGCCUGUGUUCCACGUUACAUAUGAGAUAUUCUUCAAAAAUGCGAAGUCAGUUGGUUUGCAGUUUGCUCAGCACUUUCUCGACAUCGCGAAGAAUAAGGCUGAUCGCCUAGAGAUCCCCAUCCCUAUGUUGGCUAUUGUCUGCACUGCGAUAGGUUUUGCUGUGUUCACGCUCACUUGCUCAUUAACGUUCUUCGUUGCUAGAUUUACGCCAGUGUCCUGGCAAAGAAAAAGAAGCCGGGCAAUGAUUUCAAGUUCACUGGUAAUCAGUUUUGUGAUAUCUAUUCAUACCACGUGUCAUUGUUGGAAAAAUGGCGCCCGUCAAGUUUCACAGGAUGAUGACGGAUAUAUACGCGGAAGUCCAGCGCUUCGGUUAUGACGCCCCUGGAGCCUAUGACCAAGAUGCUGACCUUGCGUUCUCGGACCUGGAAGGCAUGGAGGACGAGCAGAUUACAUCGCCGGCAUGUGUUCCGACCAUGACACGGAAACAUCGAAUUUUCAAGACUAUCUUCCAGUAACGCUAUUCGCAUACAUCUAACUACCACUCGCUACCAUUUUGUCGUACAUUCGCUCAUACGUUACUGCACUCGUGCUGAUACCC